AAAACCACACGUAAUAUCACACUACCUCCCAACCAACUUGUCAUUUAUAAGGGUGCUUUUUAAUACCUACUAAUGUCUCUUGUUAUAUUUAGAGCUUGCUCUUCCUUUAUUCAGAGCCUACACUUCAACCAUGAUGAACCUCCUUACCAUCCCACACCAUCUAGCUAUACACAUUGUUACCCUCCUCGCAAAGGCAGGAUUCCCGCACCUAGGUCCUCUUAUUGCUUCUGGUUCGGAUGGUAUGCGACUUGCGUUUGAUGAGAGCGUUUUGAGAGAAGCCUCAAUACUCCUUAUUGACCACAAUCCAAUUAUUGUCAAUAAUGGAUCUCUCUUUCGUCCUUUCUUCGAACGUACCAUUAUGGCUAGAAACCCUACGGCAAUGUAUUUAGAGGGUAUAAGAUUUAUUGUUCGAUAUGGCGACUACCGUGAAGCCAUACCCUUGCUUGCGUACAAGUGGAGCUUGCUCUUCGGUAAUAACCAUCCAUCCUCAUCCAUGACUUUCACUCUAACCCUUUUGAUGUUAUGUGUUGGGGAAACAUUAGAGGGAGUUGCCCUAAUGACAAAGUUCCGGAGUUCGUUCCUUGAUGAGGCCGCAAUAGAUGUCGUCGCACAAAAGGUUUUCUAUGAUAUGAUCGCAGUGGGGCGAGUGAAAGGAUUGUCAAAGUUACAAAAGAGAAUUCCUACCAACCCUGACGUUUGCGCGAAGUGUUGUCCCUGCAACAGGUGUCCGACAUGCUACACUUGGUGGCGAUGCCAAAGGUUUAAAAAAUUAUUCCUAAUACCUUAAACAAUGCUUCUUGUGCUUCUAUUUUUGUGUUGUCCGUUUUAAUGUUGUCCUUCUUUUUAAUGUUGUCCGUUCUUAAUGUUGUCCGCUCUUAAUGUUGUCCGUCCUUUUUAAUGUUGUCCUUCUUUUUAAUGUUGUCCGUUUUUUGUAAUGUUGUCUACUUUUGUCUACAAGAACUUAAUUGACAUUGUGACAACAUUAAUCGUUUAAACAUUUACACUGUGUACAUUUAUUAUAAGAUGGGGUCCAUCAACCCACUUGUAUGCACUAUGCACUGUACCAAAUCAAACCCUUUGCGUGUUGUCAGAACUGGUUAAUAGAGAUCUCUCCUUUUAUUUAUUUAUAUUUUUUGUUAAUACCGAUAACACCUACAAAAAAACAAUAUCUCCUACAUUAUUACCCUAAUUUUUUCCUCCCCGAGAACUAAGAGAAUCAACUGCAAACAAGUUCUCCUGAGAAUGGGUCGUUAUAGCUACAGCCAACCCUCUUCCUCAUCUGCCUCAUCCGCCUCGUCAAUCAAUUCCCGAGACCGACGUAGCGGAAAAUUUGGGAUCCCUAAGAAGUGUAACUGUGGUGGUGCCUUGUUUCUGGAACCAGAGAUCAAUAAUGGCCACAGCCGCUUAUUCUACAAGUGUGAAAAUUACACGGACGGUGGCCUUCAUCUCGUCAAGUCCUGGGAAAAAGCUGUCUUAGACGAGAUUCACGACCUCCACAUGAAGAUUCUUCAACAGGAGGACCAUAUAUCGUACCUCACUCUAGGACCUGGUGGCGAAACCAUCGAACCGUCAAGGAUGUGGGCUGAAGUCAAAUUCCUGGGUCAAGAAAUGAAGGAACUGAGGCAUCAAAUCCGUCCCACAGUUGAUGGCUACACGGAGCUACUGGAUGAAGUGAGGGGGAACAUCGAAAACCAAGGGUCAAACUAUUCCGGAUUAGCUGUAACACGAAACAGUACGUUUCAUGUUCUCUUAGGGGUUGCGAUUGGGUUUCUCCUCUUUGUCUUGGUUGCCACCCUUUAUUAUGCAUUCAAGUAGUCCAUCGUUUUAUUUGUAGCGUUUGUCCACGGGACAGGUCUUCUUAAACUAAGUUGGUCGUUCAUCUCCCUUGUUAAACUAUUUCGACG